AUGAAGGGGGACACCAGUGCAUCACAUAGUAAAAGAGACAAAAAUGAGCCUAUUGAAACCAAAACCAAGGCGAAGAAGAAGAUGCUCAACAACUCGCAGUCUGAUGCCGAAAUUGUUGUGCACGAGACAUUCGAUGGCGAUAAAUACAUUGACCUUGGAAAGAAGAAGCGCUUGACUGUGCAAAGCUUCAAAAGCAUUCCACUGCUCGAUAUAAGGGAGUUCUAUGGGCAAAAGGGAGACGAAAAGCCAGGCAAAAGGGCAUUUCUCUUUCACUGCAACAGCAUGGAUACCAUUGACCAACUCUUUGCGACGUUGGACAAGGAACCUUUUGAGUAG